UCUCUUUUUGCUUCUGGUCCUCUCGUCCCGCGUCGCCACUCUUUAGGGCACGAGAGACAUUCUUCGUUCUUCUCUCUGUCUCUAUAUUCUCUUUUUUCGGACACCAAUACUCGAAAGGCUCGUCUCUGAUUUUGCCGCCAAGAAUCACAGGAACCGUCCAAUAGACACGAUAAUGGGUUACAUAGGAGCACAUGGAAUAGCAGCUCUUCAUAGGUACAAAUACAGUGGAGUGGAUCACUCUUAUCUUGCCAAAUACGUGCUUCAACCUUUUUGGACUCGUUUUGUCAAAGUCUUCCCUUUAUGGAUGCCACCAAACAUGAUAACGCUUAUGGGGUUCAUGUUUCUAGUCACAUCUUCCUUGCUAGGCUACAUAUAUUCACCUCAGUUGGAUUCUCCUCCUCCACGAUGGGUUCACUUCGCACAUGGUUUACUUCUAUUCUUGUAUCAGACAUUCGAUGCGGUUGAUGGGAAGCAAGCAAGAAGGACGAAUUCCUCUAGCCCCCUAGGAGAACUUUUCGAUCAUGGUUGUGAUGCACUUGCUUGUGCGUUCGAAGCCAUGGCAUUUGGAAGCACUGCAAUGUGUGGAAGAGAUACUUUCUGGUUCUGGGUUAUUUCUGCUAUUCCGUUUUAUGGAGCUACAUGGGAACAUUAUUUCACCAACACACUUAUUCUUCCGGUCAUCAAUGGACCUACAGAAGGUCUUGCACUAAUAUUCGUCAGCCACUUCUUCACAGCUAUUGUCGGUGCUGAAUGGUGGGCUCAGCAGUUGGGACAGUCCAUACCAUUGUUUAGUUGGUUGCCAUUUGUGAAUGCGAUCCAAACUUCCAGAGCGGUACUAUACAUGAUGAUCGCUUUUGCUGUUAUACCAACCGUCGCGUUCAAUGUGUCAAAUGUCUACAAGGUUGUUCAAGCAAGAAAAGGGAGCAUGGUGUUAGCAUUAGCUAUGCUGUAUCCUUUCGUCAUUCUUCUUGGAGGAGUUUUGCUAUGGGAUUACUUGUCUCCAAUGAAUCUCAUAGCAACAUACCCUCACUUAGUUGUACUCGGAACUGGACUUGCAUUCGGAUUUCUAGUGGGAAGAAUGAUUCUUGCUCACCUGUGUGAUGAGCCGAAAGGACUAAAAACAAACAUGUGCAUGUCUCUACUCUAUCUUCCUUUUGCACUUGCAAACGCUCUAACUGCGAGGUUAAAUGCUGGGGUUCCUCUAGUAGACGAGUUAUGGGUUCUUCUUGGCUACUGCAUCUUCACAGUGUCAUUAUACUUGCACUUUGCGACAUCGGUCAUCCAUGAGAUCACCGAGGCUCUUGGUAUCUACUGCUUCAGGAUCACGCGUAAAGAAGCUUGAAAAGAAACCUCAAGGGUAAUGUUUUUCCUUCUUCUUUUUUUGGUGCAAAUCGUUGGAUCGACACGGCGAAUGAUCGAUAUGGACCUGUUGGCUCGGUGAUGUUAUUCCUUAUUAUUAUUCAUUGUUGUCUUUGUUUGAUCGGGAUAGGUGGAUUUAUGUAGAACUUUGUAUAAUGUUUUUGUUUUGGAUUUAUGCAUGAGGGAAUACACGAAAAUUAUUCUAGAAA